CGUCAUGUAUCCACCACCACCACUGACUAACUUCCUAUAGCACCUCUCACCUGUUUCCUUGUCAGCUUCUUCUCAUUUCUCAGAUUGUUUUGUCGGAGGAUCGUCAUCGGAGGUGGCAGUUGGUCGUUGCUGGUUGUUGGACUUGUGAUGAGUGAGGAGGUGAUAAGCACCGCCGCCGCUGUGGGCCGUCGUGACCUUUUCGUCUUCUCAUCACCCCCACGUCUCGGCAGUGGUGGUGGCAGAGUGACGAAGAUAUAUCAGAGGGAGGAAAUUAGGUCAGCUUCUUCUCCAUCUGCGGUUGCCUCAUCAUCGUCACUAACAGCAGUAGCAUCGUCAUCAGCAGGUGGUCUUGGAGGUACAAGAAGCGCAACUGUUCGUCCACGUCCAGCCACUGCGACAAAUGGAUCAUCAAAUGACCAGACGGCGAACGGGGGGCCGAGGUCGACAGAAUCCAUUGGCUCCUCAAGUCACUCGUUCCUAUUCCUCGGGUUGAUCUUUGUAUUUUCAUUGAUUGCACUCUUCUGGGUGUACAGCACUUUCCCAAAUUUGGAACCAGACGAAAAACAGUAUAUAAAAUUGCCGAGAAAUAUAGAUGAUGCCAAAAUGUUAGGAGGUGUUUUAAAUAGAUACAAAGAUAAGUAUUACAUGAACGUCUUGUGUGGCGUAUUCGUUGUCUAUAUUUUUCUACAAACUUUCGCAAUUCCUGGCUCAAUUUUUCUAUCAAUUCUGUCCGGAUUUCUGUUUCCGUUUUGGCUGGCGUUAUUAUUAGUCUGCUUUUGCUCAGCAACUGGAGCCUCAUUUUGUUACGGGCUAUCGUGGUUAGUUGGAAGAAGGAUCAUUUACAAAUAUUUUCCCGAACGAGUUGAUCAAUGGUCUGCUACCGUGAACAGCCACCGGGACAAUAUACUGAACUAUAUAAUAUUUUUAAGAAUAACACCAUUCUUGCCAAACUGGUUCAUCAACAUCACCUCGCCCGUACUUGGGGUUCCAUUAAUUCCAUUCUGGACAGGAACCUUUAUAGGUGUCGCUCCUCCUUCAUUCGUUGCAAUCCAAGCUGGUACCACUCUCAACCAGUUAACAUCCUCCUCUGAUGCUCUAAGUUGGACUUCACUCAUAGUACUAGUAGUCCUUGGUCUCUUGUCACUGAUUCCCGUACUGAUGAAGGACCGGCUCAAGCGAAAAUUUGAAUGAAACCUCCACAAUAUAAAUAGUAAAUGGGAUCAACCAAAAUUUUUGUUAUCACAAUAGUCCGGUCGUACUGUAAGACAUGAGAAUGUUAUUGACCGCACACACUGACUGACUUAUAACUUCUUCACAGUCCCUAAAUUUAAGAUUUUAUGCAUAAUAAUUAUAUCAUUAUUCUAGUCGUACUUUUACCACAGUAUAUGAAACGCGAAAGAAGCAUAAUACAAACUAGGAUGCAUUCGGCACAAGUGGUUUUAUGUGUGUGUGUUUUGUUAUUGUUAUUAAUGUCACCCCCGUUUUGGGAUAUAGUAUAGUGUCUGUUGAAUAAUGACGGUUUUAAGUCCUAAUAAGUCUAGGUUAUGACGAUGUAAAACGAAAAGGUAAUCAUUUGAAAGUCGUGAUAGACCGAUAGAUAUGCGUGAUUAGAUUUAAAGUCAAAUGGGAAACAUUGAGCUGUACAAAUAACUGUAUGUGUUAUUACAAUAUUUGUACCUUUUUUGGCCUCACAGAGCCUGAGUAGUUGCAUAAUGUUUUUAGUUCGUACAAUAGACAACUACAUGUAUCACUUCUCUUAUUUAGCUUAAUUUCACUUAAUCAUGAACAAUCAUAUUUUGUGUUCAUUGAUUUCCUUCUCUGGGUCUCAUUUAUUUUAUUUUGGUAUUGUGGAAUUGCCUUGCUGGAAGUUUUUAUUACAAGUUCGCCUAGUUUUGUAAAAUUAUAACGUAUUGGAAAACGUGAAUGUGCAGGUUAAUGCGGGUAUCGUAUAUCAUUCCGAAGUUCAUAUCACGGUCAAUUGUUCCAUAGUACUACAUAUACGUCACGGCAUUAUUGUUGCCUUAUUAAAUAAUGCCAAAGAGAAACUGCACUUUCUUCUGUCCAUACCUCAUGUUUUUGGAACAUGCUUAAUAGCCGAUUAGUGAAUCUUGUAACGCAGUAGCAGUAUCAAUAGGUUUUCAUUGUGUGAAACUGAACUUAUACUUUCUUCAUUAAGUCGUAUCGAUGAGGAGCUGGAGACAAUAAACAGUUGCAAAUUA